AUGGCGCAGUCUUACCAGACCGACCGCGUCUCUGUCGAGAGCCUUUCGAAGCCCAGAGCCCACGACGCCAUCUCUCAUCCAAGUUAUGCCGAGCUCAAGUCUCCGGUCGAUCCGGUCCAGCUGGAGGAUGGCAGUCUUCGCCCAGCGAACGGCUCCGUGUCCGCCUACAGCUGGGAGAAUCUCGGUAUGCUCACGCAUAUCGCUGCUGUCGGCAUCGUCUACGGAACCGUCAGCGGAGUCCUGUACUCGGUGUUAAAUAAUUACUUACAUUUGAGCACGACUCUAGUGGCGACGGCGACUGCAUUGGUGACCUUCCCACGCGCACUUCGUCUGUUCACGGGCAUGCUGACCGACACAGUCCCAAUCUUCGGCUACCGUCGGCGGCCGUACAUGAUCAUCGGCUGGUCAUUGUCGUUCAUCUCGUGCCUGCUCAUGGCCGCGCUGCCACUGGGGGAGCCGUAUUAUACCGAUCCAUCGCUGUCCGACAUCGCCACGGUUGACAUGACACCGGAGCAGCUCGCGACGCUCAACACGGACGCUCCAAACCGCGGCAUCAAGCUCAUCAUUUUGAUGAUGAUCGCGAACUUCGGCACGGUGAUGGCGUACAGCGGCUUCAACGGAGCCCUGAUGGACGUCUCGCAACGUGAGCCGGAAGCUACGCGUGGCAGUGUGAUUGCAGAUGUCAACAUCGUCCACUACGUGUUCACGAUCUUCUCUUCCUUCAUGACUGGCAUCGGUCUCAACAGUGAAGACUACGGCGGCACCUUCUCGUGGACCAUGGGCUUCAACGCCAUCAUGUGGGUCUGUGCUGCAGCCUCGCUUCUGACCGUCCCGUUCUCUUGGUACUGCAUCCAAGAAGUGAAGGGCGAGCGCGCGCAAAUGUCGGGGUUCAAGUUCCUCUACAACAUAUUCCAGGAGCGCGUGAUCUACCGCUACGCCGCCUACCGGUUCUUCUAUAACGUUUUCUCGCAGAUCACAGUGACGGCGUCCAGUGUCAUCCAGAGCGACUGGGCCAAGGUCGAGCCGCUCAACUCGGGCAUCGCCAGUAUGCUCACGGCGAUCUUAACCAUGGGAGGCGUGUACGUGAUCAAGAAGCAAGGUCUCCACUGGAACUGGCGCUACAUCAUCAUGGUCUGCCAGAUCAGCGUCGUGUUUAUCGACGCCUUUCCGACGCUGGGACGUCUACCGCAGUCAGUGGUUCUGGCUUGGACGGGCGACUACGUGACGCAACUUUUCAUGAUUGAGAUGGAGAACCAACAGGGAUUCGAGGCUACGCUUCUCGGCCUCGGAGUCACGACGCAAUCCGUCGGAACCCCCUUCGCGACGGUGAUCACCAAGUCAAUCGACGGGUACUUCGACAUCGGCCGCACGUUCAUCGAGCAAGACAACCACUACGUGCGAUCUCAGGUCACGUACACGUACAUCAUCGCGUACGUGUUCAAUCUGGCGUCGGUGGUGUUUGUAUUCUUGCUGCCCAAGCAGAAGGAGGAGGUGCACAGGAUGCAGCGCGAGGACCGCAAGAGCAAGUUCUGGGGCGUCGUGACGAUCUGCUACCUCCUGUUCUCGCUGGCCUGGACGCUCAUGACCAACAUCUUGAGCCUCUUUGAGUCUACGAGCUGCCUGCGCAUUGCCGGGGGUAGCGGAUGCUAG